AUGGAGGCGAAGCUCAGGAAUCCCCAGAUCCGCUUUGACACCCUGCGGGUCUUUGGGGUUCGCCGGGGAUUUGGAGGGAUCCCAGCAAGAUUCUUCUCGCCGCAGAGGAAAUCGAGCAAAGCCAAGGAGAAGAAGCAAAAGCGCCUGGAGGAGCGAGCGGCCAUGGACGCCGUCUGCGCCAAGGUGGAAGCCGCCAACAAACUCGAAGAUCCCCUCGAAGCUUUCCCGGUUUUCAAGAAAUACGACCGGAAUGGUUUGAACGUCGCCAUCGAGUGCAAACGCGUCUCCGGGCUGGAGCCCGCCACCCUCGAGUGGGCCUUCGACCUGACCAAGGCCAACAUGCAGACGCUGUGA